GCAACGGAAAAGCAUGAGUUAUCAGGACAUGUGUGAGUGUGUUUAGAAAGUGUGUUUGUAUGCAUGCAAGUGUGAAUGAGUGGACUUGAUUGAGUGUGAGCUGGAGGGAGUAUGUAUGUGUAUGUGUUUGAGGAGCCUUCAGUUUGGGAUGUUGGAGGUGGGAGGCCAUUCAAAGGAUGCUCAAACAAAGCUGGAUUUUUUCUCUCUCUCUCUUUUUGAACGGUGAUUGAGGAGUAGCUGGAUUCCUUUACUCAUGCUGUUGGGCUCAACUAUGCUUCAGGGUAGCUGAAGGAACUCCUGCAUGCAUGGCCGCUGGCCCUUACCUCAACUAUUACCUCACUAGCCACUGGGCUGAAGAUUAUGGGUAACCUCAUCAGCCGGCCCAGCUGCCUGGGCCAGAAGUCCAAGCAUGUCAGGUCAGAUGAGGACUAUCUGAAGGAGUGCUACCAACGAAAAAAAGAGUGGCAGCCCACAGAGCAACAUGGGGAGGGCAAAAAGGAAGAGCUCAAAGACAAAACCAAGGAUGAUGUGAGCAAGGAAAGAGAGAUAGAGAGUUACAAGGAACCCCAGGAAAUUGAUCUUAAAAGGGAGCAGGGUGCUCAAACUCCUAUUUCAGAUAAACCCCUUCGCAGUUCUCCUGCCUCAACAAUCAGGAGUACCAGCACUCUAGAAAAUGCUUGGCACAGCAGCCCUUCUCCAAUCAAAACUUCUCGAAAUGGGACUCUGACAAGGAGGACAGUGCCUCCAGAGUUCGCCAGAUCACCUCUGGCUCACCCAGAAAAAACUGCUGCAGAGAGGCAGGCCAGCUUCCAGAGGAGAGACUCCAGAGAAGGAAGCCCCUGGUCCUGGAAGACUGUGGCAUCACGUGAGGUCACAGAAGUAACAGAGGUGACAGAGACCAUUGUAACAGAAAUUGUGGAAGUGACCGAGUAUCCGCCUGGAGAUAAAGGAGGGAACCCCAUUGUCACCAGAACCGUUAGAGUCCUGAAUGGUGUCGCAGAGGAGCUUGCAGAGCUCCAAAGUUCAAGCUCAGACCAAGAUUCCAGCCUGGAUAAAUGGAGGGGAACAAGAUCUGCUUUGGCACUAAAGGAUGUUUCUACAGAUUCUGAAACAUUUCUCCAAAACCUGGAAGCUUUGCUCACUUGGGUCAGUGAAAUAGAGGAGCUCACAGCAAGUCAGAAGCCCCCAUCAUCAGAGGUGAAAGUGGUGAAAGCACAGCUCCAAGAACAAAAGCUCUUGCAGCGCCUCCUAAAAGACCGACGGCGUAGUAUGGACUGCAUGAUGUCAGAAGGCCCUCAGCUGGUGGAGGCCCACGCAGGAGAAGAAGGGGAGCAGGCAAAGGUCAGACUAUCCACUCUUAAUCAGAAGUGGGAGGCCUUACAGCAGGAAGCAGAACAAAGGAGGGCAAGUCUGGAGCUCAUCCUGCCCAGGGCCCAGCUCUUCCAGGAAGGAGUGGACAGCUUGCAGCAAUGGCUCAUAUCAGUGGAGCAGACCCUAGCUGAACUACGAAAUGCAGAAAGAGUAAUGCUGCAUCUCACAGAGGCUUCAGACCGGGCCAAGGCUGUUGUUGAAGAAAUUCAACUCAAAACUGCUGAACUAGGGAAAAUCCAGAAGUCAGGUCAUGAUCUAAUGGAAGCAUUAUCAGAGGAAGAAGCCCAGCAGGUACAGGAGAAGAUGGAUGCUUUGUGUAUCCGUUGCUCUGUGCUGAGUCUGAGCAGUCUGGACGUUCUGCAGAGACUGGAACAAGCUCUUGAGGCCUCCAGUCGUUGUACCUCCAGCCAAGAGGACCUCCACCUGUGGCUAGGUCGCAUUGAGAGGGAGCUCUUGGGGGCAGCAGGGGCACAGGCACAUGCUGGAGAUGCAGUACUAUGUGUAGCUGAGAGACAAAGGUUGGAACAGGCAGUGGUAAAAGAGAUGGCUUGGUUCAAAGAUACAGCAGCCAAGCUUGAGAAGCUGAAAACCAUUGAUCUCGAUCCAGAGCUCAUAGCAGAACAGCUCUAUGAGCAAAAGAUUUUAGCAGUUGAGAUUCUACAACACCGGUUCAAUAUUGAAAAGAUGGUUAAAAUCACCGAAAUCUUGAUGACAUACACCGAUGAAGGGGAAACUGGCGACCUCAGGACACCAAUAGAGGCCUUACAAGAACAAUGCAACACCACCUCAGCUACCAAUUCCCAUGUGGUCCUGCAGCUUGAGCAUGCUCAGUCACUCCUCCUUCAAUUCUCUGAGGGCUUUGUCGAGGUUUCACCAUGGCUUGACGAAACUCAGACCCUGAUUGGCCAGCUUUCCCUUACCACAAUUAGCUAUGAGGCAUUUCGGGAACAACAGGACCUUUUACAGGGUCUGAGGGAAUCUAUAGCAGAACAUAGACCUCUGAUUGCACGUUUAUGCUCUCUGGCAAAACGCUUGUCAGAACUAAACCCCCUUGAGGGGGCCCAAUUCUGUCACAAGGCUACAGAGGCUGAGGAGCAGCAUAGAGCUAUUAGAGACCGGGUCAGGGAGACUGCCAAUUUAUUGGAGGAAUCCUUCCCUCGAUUCACUCAGCUGAGUGAGAGAAUGACUCUUAUCAGAGAGAGUCUUAACCGCCUGCUCAGUCGCAUACAGACACCUACCUUACUUCAAGGUCUCACGCCAAGAAUCCAGGAGCAGCUGCAGGAUAACAAGCAAACCCUGGCUGAAUUGUCCAAACUCGAGUUGGGCCUCAGCAGUGUCAAAACACAGGCAGACGAACUGCUGGCUAACACUCGGGCUGCCGGGGAUGGAUCCAUCGGCACAGCAAUUCAAGAGCGAGUGUCCAGCCUGUCCCUGCUUUGGGAUGAGACGCAUAAUCAAGCUAAGGAGAGGGAAACCUGGCUGCUCAAGCUCUUGGACCUUGCCAUAAAAUACUGGAGUGACGUCAGCGAUGUCACAACUGCUCUUAAUGAUGCUCAGCAAGCUGUUUUGGAUCUUAAUGCUAGUCAAACAGACUCAGAAACAAUACGUCAGAGCCUUGAAACCAUGCAGACUCUCAGGGAGGAUAUAGACAGUUUGCAGGGAGAUCUGGACAGCCUUGGCGUUCUGGGAAUGGAUCUGAUGUCAGCAUGCGGAGAUACAGACAAACCAGAUGUCACAAAGAGCCUAGAUGAACUCUAUUGCAUGUGGAACAACUUAAGCAAACUGUGGAAUGAAUGCCACAAAAAGCUGGAGGAGUCCUUGCAGAUGGCACUGUAUUAUCAAGAUACCAUGCAGGGUUUGUUUGAGUGGUUAAAAUCAGCUGAGUUGAGGUCUACAGAGGAGUUCACAGUAGGAACUGACUUGGAAUCAGUCAAGGAGCAGCUAUGUGACCUUAAGGAAUUGAAGCGGGAACUUUACCAAAAGAAGAUUGAGAUAGAAAGUCUGAGCCAUCGGUUUGUGUGCCGGCUGUCUCCAGGCUCAGAGCGCCCAGGCUCCAUCUCACCACUGUGUGACUUCAGACAGCGCUGGGACAGUAUGGAGUCAGAGACUGUCAACAGACAGCAUCAGUUAGAGUGUGCUCUGCUGGGUCUGGGUCAGUUCCAAAAUACACUGGAUGAGCUGCACACAUGGAUUUCCAGAACCACUGAACAACUGCAGGGCAGCCAGCCAAUCAGCAUCGACCUGCAGGCCUGUGAAAUAGAACUGGCUAAACACAAGGUGUUGCGGAAUGAUGUUAUGUCUCAUGCUCGCACAAUGGAGUCCCUCAACAAGGCAGGCAGGGGGCUGCUGGAGGUUGGGUCUGCAGACAGUCCGCAUGGCCUGCAGUCUCGGUUGGAGCAUCUCAGUGAGAGCUGGGAGUUUGUCCGCUGUGAGACUGAACGCAGGCAGCUGGAAUUAGAGAACAGACUGAGUCAGGUGCAAGAUGUUACAAUGGAGAUUCAGGAUCUUUUGCAGUGGUUGGAGACUACGGAGCUGAGGCUGUCCUCUUCUAAAACCAUGUGGGGCAUGCCGGAUUCUGCAAGUGAAAGGCUCAAUGCACACUUGGAGUUGUGCAAUGAGAUGGAGUCAAAGCUCCAUUCCUACACAGAUGUGAAGAAUGCCAUUCACAGGAUGCUGGAGAGCAGCAGUGUUGUCCGCGGAUCGAGCACCGAGCACAGCUUAUCGAUUCUUGAACAGAAAUGGGCAUCUGUUUGCAGCAAAGUCCAGGAGCGAAAGGCAAAGCUCACAGAGGGACUUAAUCUGGCCAAGGAGUUUCACAGUAGUGUCCAGGAGCUUCUCACUAAAAUGACCAAGUGUGAAGAAUCUAUUAGGAUUCUUCCAGCUCCCAGCUUUGUUCUGGACACAGUUUGUACACAACUGCAAGAUCACAGAACACUGGUGAAUGAAGUUAAUAGUUAUGGGGAGAAGAAGACCACAGUGGAGAACGCAGGCUGUAGACUAACGGAGCUCAGCAGAAAGGAAGACUGUGAUGUCAUUCAUAACCUAAUCAUGACCGUCCAGGAUCGAUACAAAAAGCUACAGCAGCGGACUUCAGACCGAGGCCGGAUGCUGGAGGAUGUUAAAAAGAAUGUCAAGCAGUUUAAUGAAUCUUGGCGCCUCCUGGAGGACUGGAUGACAGAGGUUGAACAGACAUUAGACACACAUAAAGAGAUUGCAGUGUCCCAUGAAGAGAUUAAGCAACAACUGACAGAACAAAAGGAGUUCCAGAAACUACUGAGAUCAAAGAGGCCCAUGUACGACGCAACCCUGAAGAGUGGUCGCAGCCUACAUGAACGAGCUCAAACCUGCCAUGAUAGGCAGCAUCUGGAGAACUUAAUGGCUGAGCUCAAAGAUACGUGGGACACCAUCAGCGGCAAAUCCAUGGAGAGGCAGCAUAAGCUGGAGGAAGCACUGCUUUUCUCAGGAAGAUUCACUGAUGCUCUGCAGGCAUUGAAUGACUGGCUGUAUAGAGCAGAACCCCAGCUAGCUGAAGACGUUCCUGUUGGUGGAGACAAAGACAUGGUCAACAGUCUCAUAGACAAACAUAAGGCCUUCCAGAAGGAGUUGGGAAAGCGAGCUGGCUGCAUUAGGACCCUGAAGCGCUCUGUGAGAGAUCUGACCAGGAGCAGCACGGCUGAUGCUCACUGGCUGCAGGAGCAGAUGGAUGAACUGGAAGGCCGCUGGGAAGCUGUGUGCAGACUGUCAGUCAGCAAGCAGGACAGGCUGGAGGCUGCACUUCAGCAGGCUGAAAAGUUCGAUGGCCUUGUUCACGCUUUCAUGGAGCGGCUCACUGAGGCAGAGAGGAUACUAAAAUAUGGGGUCAUACCAGAGGAGGAGGAAGGUCUGCUUAGCUUCCGCAAACAACAUGAGGAGUCACUGUCUGCCUUGCAGACUCAGGCAGUGGAGUUGGAGAACAUCCAGAGUCUGGGUGAGGAGAUUCUUGCCACUUGUCACCCAGAUUCCAUAAUCACCCUAAAAUCAUGGAUCAGUGUCACUAAGACACGCUAUGAGGAGGUUCAGACCUGGGCCCAGCAGCAGGGCCAGAAGAUCCAAGCCAGCCUGACGGCGCUGGAGGCAGAGAGAGAGGAAGUCCAAAGACUGUUGGACUGGAUCUCAUCAGCAGAGGAAGCCCUCAGCCUCAGAGAUCAAGAGCCUCUGCCUGAGGCCACUGAGCAGAACCAAAAACUCAUUGAGCAACACACAGUAUUCAUGGAGGAGUUAAAUAAAAAGUUCCCAGAGGUAGAACACGCCACUAAAUCCUGCAAACACAAGACCAUUUCUAAACAGCAGGUCUCCCCAAGCAAACGGCCACUCACGAAGAGAAGGAGCACUAUGAAGUUGCAGCCUGUUAUGCCAGUCCCUCUGGAGCACCUUGACCCCCAGACCCCACAGCUCAGUCAGCUGGUCAGUGAGUGGCAGAAACUUUGGCUCCUGGCUGUGGCGAGACAAAACCGCUUGGAACAGCACCAGCAAAUGCUCAAAGAGAUGGAAGAAUUUGCAAACUUCGACUUUAACAUUUGGCGAAAGCGCUACAUACAGUGGAUUAGUCAUUUGAAGUCUCGGAUCUUAGAUGUGUUUCGCAGCAUCGACCGGGACCAGGAUGGACGGAUCAGCCAGAAAGAGUUCAUCGAUUAUGUCCUCGCUUCUAAGUUCCCCACCAACUCUCUAGAGAUGAAUGCAGUGGCAAACAUCUUUGACAUGAACAAUGACGGCUUCAUCGACUACUAUGAGUUUGUGAGUGCGCUCCAUCCUAGCAGAGAUCCCUACAGAAAAACACUGGACGCCGAUCAGAUCAAUGAAGAGGUGAGCCGACAGGUAGCUCAGUGUAACUGUCCCAAGAGGUUCCAAGUGGAGCAAAUAAGCGCCAACAGAUACAGGUUUGGAGAUUCACAACAACUGAGGAUGGUUCGAAUCCUGCGUAGCACAUUGAUGGUCCGAGUCGGAGGAGGCUGGACUGCUCUCGAUGAGUUCCUGGUUAAGAAUGACCCCUGCAGAGUAAAAGGUCGGACCAACCUGAAGAUAAAAGAGAAGUACUUGUCCCCUGCUGGAAGCACCUCUAAGGGUCUGACUGUCAGCCGGUCCAAUUCAAGCCUCAGCCUGUACAGCAGUGCCUCUGCCCCCACCAGCCCAAUGACACGCAAGGCAUUACUUCGCAGGAGUUUCUCGGGUGACCGCUGCAUCCGCCCCAGAAGCUCCAUAGCUGCUUUGGGGUCUGACCUACAGUUUGUCACAACAGGGGAGGAUAACUCUCCGUCACCACCAGAAGAGGCGGAGAGGUUGCCCACAUGAUUUUCUCUCCCUUUGAGCACCCUAAGUAUGCUGCAGCACUCAACCCAAACACAGCCUUGAGGCCCCAGAAGAGUGACAAGCAAAAGUAAGGUGCUAGAAGGGGCCGGAAAACAAUGCAAUGGUUCACAUUUGAUCAGCUGAAAAUGAAGGAAAAGUACAGGAACGGUCACCAGAGGGGAUCCUGAAGGGCAUGCAGCUUUGAGAAAUCUGCGUGAGAAGAAUGUCUCAGUGGGGACAGUGAGGGGUCAGCCCAGAUACAAAACAGAGAUUUUUUUUUUUUUGGUCCCCUUUUGCAUUUCAUACAUUAGUAUCUGAUUGCGUAGGGAGUACGAAUUUCUGCAUGGAUACUGCAUGACAGCCAGAGCCUUGCUUUAAUCAGAAUUGCUUUGCUUUUCCAAGCUUGUUAAAGAUGCGCUAAGUUGGACAGUGCCAGAACAUGUCAGUAAUGCUAUGUUGCUAAUUCAAAGUGACAUAGAACUCACAUAUGAUGGCAUGUGAAGGUGCUGUGCUGUCUAACUGUGCCAUCAAUGUCCAAAAAGUACUCAUAUACCAAAACCAUAUCUAUGUAAAGGGUACAGUAUGCCGUCCUUCAGCUUUGUGAUAUUUUUGUUUUUAUGUCAUUCCAUGAAGAAGAUAUUGUUGGCAGGGCCACAUGUUUUUUGUCUUUUACUUUUUUGGACACUGUGCUUUCAAAUGUAAUUUUAUUCUUUAUUGUAAGGAUGUUCUAAACACUGGAGAUUGCAUAAUGAACGAUGCACUGACAGGUAUGACAGGUCAUUGCUGAAUUGUAGAGAUUAUUUUCUCAGGACUGGUUUUGUCUUUGGAUGUAUGUAUUUCUAUGGAACAUUACUGUGAACAUGUAGGUGUGCUUUUUCUUCAUAACACUGUACUUAGAAAUGUUUGUUUAGCACAUUAUUAUUAUUAUUAUUAUUAUUUUUUAUAAAUAUGCACUUUUCUGUGUCCAACUACUGUAGAUAUAUUAUGCUAAGCAAGAAGAUGUCAUAAGUAAGAUUUAAACAAGCUAUAAUUUUAGUUUGGGGUUCAUAAAAAAUAACUUUGACAGUUUUAUCUCAUGAGAAUGCAGUGGUUGUAUUUUUAAUCUUUCUUUUAGUUUCCAUGCUUUUCUGGCAUUUUAAGAAAAACAGUUUUCUGCCAUUCAAUAUCCACUGAGUUCAGAAAUUCUUAAAUUUGUUAACUUCAUUAUUCACGUUCCAAAGAUGUUAAGGAAACAUGCAACACUAGUUUCCUCAAAAGUAACUUAUGAGCCUGGACAUACCAGUAUGCAUUGUUUCAGCAAUAAACAGUAAAUUAUGUUUAUCUUGACAAAUAAGCAACUGCAAAUCCACCAUCAUCCACUGGCAGUGUCGCACUGUGCAAGAUUUUUACUCUGUGGCUUCAUCAUAGACCAGUUACCGCUAUGUUUGUAAGUGUCCCUUUGAUAUUAGAGCCACCUGAGGUUGAACACAGUAGCUUAUGUACUUAAUGGCAUUUGGUCUAUGCAGUUGUUAAGUGGAUUUUUUAAAAGUCAAAAAUGUUUUACGUGAUGGAGUACAUUUUCUCUUUGCUUCGUGUUUGAAGACGGUCAAUAAUUUCCUGUACUGUAAAAAUACAGCAGCCAGAUUUCACUUCUAUUGCUAUGCACCCUUAUCUUUCUGUACUGUAAAUGUUUCUAUACUCAGCACUCAUGCUGAAGUCUAAUUUAGGCAAACUUUAGAUGAAUGUCACUAAUAAUUUUACAUCCACUUGUAUAAAAGAAUAAACCUUUUGUAUAAAAAUAA